AUGGCUCAUUUACUAAGAGGCAAGCAAGCUGGUAUUCAGAAAGACCUGUCCGAGGGCCUGUCCCCGGACUUGUUCGGUAUCGACGACGUAUGUUUCUUGGCGCUCCAGGCAUCCUCUUUUGCGAUCGUUGAAACACUGACAGAGCAAUUCUUCUCGCAGUUUGCACGAUGCGGAGUGAACUCACAGAUCAGUGCGAUCGCAUACGACCCCGUCCAAUCCCUUCUCGCCGUCGGCACCAGUGAUACUUCGUUUGGAAGUGGGCAGAUCUAUGUCUUUGGGCAACGGCGCGUCUUGGUCGUCUUUGACUUCCCGCGCAAGGCCUCGGCAAAGUAUCUCCAAUUCUGCGCCGACAAGCUCAUCAGUGUGGACUCCAGGAAUGAGAUUUGUAUAUUCUCGCUAGAGACCAAGAGUCUGGUGACGUCCUAUGCGCCGCCGGGUCAACCCACUGCGCUCGCUACUGAUCCAAGCCUGGAAUACGCCUUCAUUGGCUUAUCGAAUGGUGAAACUAUUGCAUACGAUCUUGACCGACAGACCUUGACACCAUUCAAAAUUCCGAACUUGUGGUUGGAACGCAACCCCCGAUCACGGCUAAACCCGGUCAUUUCAUUAGCAUUCUCCACUCGCGACAUCGGCAAGAUCCUUAUCGGAUAUCCAGAGGGCGCUGUCACAUUUUCCUUCAAGCAAAAUAUUGCGCAAAAGUUCUUUAUCUAUGAGGUUCCAGUUGGGGCCCCGGGUGGAGAUACCGAGUUGUCAGCUGCUGGCGUGCGCCGACCUAGACUAACCAGUGCGAUUUGGCAUCCGAACGGUAUCUUUGUUCUGACGGUUCACGAAGAUACAAGUCUUGUUCUUUGGGAUUCCAAGGACGGGCGGAAGCUUCAUGCCAGGACUGUUCAGUCCGCCAAUAUUGAUCAGCCAGGGUCUUCGGGCAGGCCUGGCUCAGCGGGUGGGCCUACUGGGCCCAAGGAGCCCAUCACGAAGGUUGCGUGGUGCGCCAAAGAUAACCCCGAUGAUACUGGUCUUUUAGUGGCCGGCGGAAAACCAGCAGGCGAUCCAAACAAGGGCCUCACUUUCUUGGAUAUGGGCCCAACUCCCAACUAUGCGACAUCAUCCUGGCAGGUCCUGUCAGGGUACUUUGAAAGAACUCGUCGCAAUAUCAACCUUCCUAUUCCGCCGGCUGCCCAUGCCAUUGACUUUUGCCUCGUUCCUCGCACCACGCCCUAUUUCGCCGGUGCUCAUGACCCGAUUGCAAUUAUCGUUGUGCUUUCCUCGGGCGAGUUGGUCACAAUGAGCUUCCCAAGUGGCCACGCCAUUACGCCGACCAACAUGAUACACCCAUACUUGUCUUUUGUCCACCCAUUCGUGAACAAGGUUACACUCACUCCAGUUGAUCGAAGUGCCUGGUUAGGCCUGAAAGAGCGCCGCGCCCAAGGACCUAAAUUUGUACUUGGGGGCGCAGAAGCGAAGAACCCGCUCAAGCGUUUUGAGAACCGGAACAUUCUUUCUACUGCGCAUGCCGAUGGUACCAUCCGUCUCUGGGAUGCUGGUCAUGACGAUGAGAUUGAGAAUGGUGAGGUAGUUCAGGUAGACCUGGCGCGGGCCGUCGGGCGGGUUGGUAAUGUGGAGGUGACUGAGAUGUCCCUUGCUAGCACGACUGGCGAGCUAUCAGUUGGCCUCCGCAGUGGUGAGGUCGUUGUCUUCAGAUGGGGUAACAACACAUCAUACGGCAACGAACAAGCCCCUGGUACCAACCAGGGUCCCGGUACUCUGACUCCAAUUAACACCCGGGCGGAUCCUGGCUUGAAGACGGGUAUGCUUCCGUUGACUCUUUUGAACAUGCAGCAAGGCCCGGUGACGGCUUUGAAGCACAGUCAGGUUGGCUUUGUUGCAGCUGGAUUCGAGGGUGGUAGCUUGGUCAUUAUUGACCUGCGCGGUCCUGCAAUCAUUCACACUGCGCAUCUGUCCGAAUUUAUCAAGGCUUCGAAGCGGAGCAGCUUCCGCAAGACGCGUGGUUCAGAGGAAGUUCCUGCAGAGUGGCCAACUAGCAUCGAGUUUGGCGUGAUGACUCUGGAAGGAGAAGACUACUCGAGCAUUUGCUGCUUUGUUGGUACCAACCGCGGCAACGUAGCUACUUUCAAGAUCCUCCCAGCAUCCAAUGGCACUUAUUCUGCCGCUUUUGCUGGUUUUUCAGCUGUUGAAGACAAGGUCAUCAAUCUUAUUCCCAUUGAUGCGGACUCUGGUGGCCAGGCUCUCGCUACUCCCAACGCUGUCGGCGGUUUGAGAACUGGCGCGAAGACCAACGGUGUCGUUAUUGCAGUCACCCCCUCAAGCUGCCGCAUCUUCAAGCCUCCGACCUCCAAAGGUGCCUACAAAACCUGGGACGACUAUCUUUGUGAUUCAGCCGCUGUUGUCAAGGUUGAAGGCCGCGGCUACAGCUUGGUCGGGCUGUUCGGAGAUGGAAACGCUCGGGCUUUCUCGAUUCCUGCGCUCAGGGAAAUUGGUUGUUCAAGAAUUGACUACAUCGCGGAUCUGCGACGGCUCUCGGAGGCAUAUAUCACACCCAGUGGUAAUGUUAUGACGUGGGUUGGUCCUUCCGAGGUCGGAAUGUUCAAUGUGUGGGGAUCUGGACAUAAACUGAACCCCUCGCAAGAUCGUCUCUACGAUCCCGAAAAGGUGGUUCCUGCGCGUCCUACCAUUACUAACAUCCAGUGGAUCUCUGGCACUCAAUAUGUCUCACCAGCAGACAUGGAUUUGCUCAUCGGCGGCCCCGAUCGCCCACCCUCAAAGCGAAUGAUCGAACAAAUGAGACUCGACGAGCAAGAACGCCGUCAAGCACUCCGAGAAGGUCGUGCACCACCCUCAGAACCCCAAGGUGGUCAAGAGGGCUACCUAGCAUAUAUGUCCCGCCAAGUCCAGGAACGAACCGAGCGUCUCGGGAUUGUCGGCGACUCGAUGGACCGGUUAGAGGAGAAUAGCAGUAACUUUGCGACCGACGUGGGUAAAUACAUCCAGAAUCAGAAGCGGAAAGCUGUCUUUGGCGCCCUUGGGUCCAAGUUUGGGUUCUAG